AUGGAUGAUGAGAUGAUGUUCAUUCUUUCUGACGGGCCGAUAAAGAUCGAAAAGGAAAUAAGUGAAUGGACAGCCGACGACAAAAGGAGGAACAACCUGCACAACAAAUGCAGAAGCACUAUCUUUAAAGCUUUAGAUAGAAACACUUUUGGCAAAGUUAGAGAAUGUGCAACUGCAAAAGAAGCAUGGGAGACAGUGAUCCAACUCCAUGAAGGAAAUGAAAGAACCAAGGAGAACAAGAUACUGGUGGUCACCCAAAAGUUCGAAAAUAUUGAUAGCCGAGAAGAGAUGACCAGAAACCAGAUAAUCACAACUAGAGGGAUGAUCAUCAGCAAAGCGAUCAAGGCAAAGAGAUUCAGAAAGCAUUGA